UGAGCUCGGGUGGUGACAUCGCCGCAAGGACACCUGUUGAGAACAUCUACUUCUCAGCGCAGCAUUAGUUUCUAGAACAACUUGUUCAAGGAGAACCACAGCGCAGCUUCUAGAACAACUUGUUCAAGGAGAACCACAGCGCAGCUUCUAGAACAACUUGUUCAAGGAGAACCACAGUGCAGCUUCUAGAACAACUUGUUCAAGGAGAACCACAGCGCAGCGCACCUGGUAUUUACAUUAGCUUCUAGAACAACUUGUUCAAGGAGAACCACAGAACUUUUUUACUUCAAGAAAUCUUCCAAGUCACAAAAGUACAGGAAUGGACAAUAUCAGAAGACUGAUGUUCGCAGUCGUCAUGGCAAUUGCGUACAUGGCGAUGGGAACCGAGGCACAGACCAUCAUAACGGCUCCAAAAUCCAAUGCUACUAUGACCAACGUAACAACGGCAUCCAACGUAACAACGGCAUCCAACGUAACAACGGCAUCCAACGUAACAACGGCAUCCAACGUAACAACGGCAUCCAACGUAACAACGGCAUCCAACGUAACAACGGCAUCCAACGUAACAACGGCAUCCAACGGAACAACGGCACCCAACCUAAUAAUGGCUCCUGUUAUCAACACCACCGUCACAGCUCUCACAGAUAAUAUCGCAACUAACGAAUGUGGAAAGACUAAGCUCUGUGCUGCUAAGCCGGAAAACUGUGAUCCGGCCGUGGCUGGUUCCUGUUUCUUCGUCUCCGCCCAGCAGUCCUCGGGACAGACUUUCUCCUUCCAGCUACGAGGAGUGUCCAGCGGCUACAUCGCUGUAGGCUUGUCCACAGACUCCACACAGGGAGGGAACGACACCACCUAUGUGUGUGCAAACAACAACAGCAACGUGAAUUUCUUCACCGCUCUCCUCGACAAAGGAGUUCUGACCAUCAACAACACGCUGCCUGUGGACUCUGUGAAGGGCUCAGUCAACGGUCAGAUCAUCCAGUGCACCUUCUCUGCUACUGUCCCCAAUGCUACUGUCACCCGGAGCACCGACACCAGCUUCUACCUCUCCAUCUCCAACGGGACUUUUAAUAGCGUAACAGGUACCCUAGGUUCUCCGAACACUGUCCUGUUCAGUGAUAAAGCUGUGGACCUGACCAGCUACAACACUAACGUGUUAAACUCUUUGAACGCUGCUCCCUCCUCCAGCCACGCCUUCGGCCUGUCUCAAGCUUUUCUGAUCCUGCUAGGUGUACUAGGUAUGAUGAUGCUGUAAUGCAAGUCUGAAGGUCUGAAGGUGAAGCACAUGCACUCAGGAAUCCUGUCUCCUUUCCUUUACUCACCUUGGCCAGGCUGGGUCCCCAAAUGGCACCCUAUUCCCUAAAUACCACUGUACUUUCACUAUGUAGGGAAUAGGGUGCCAUUUUGGAGUCACUUUGGUACCAGAACGAAGGACCAUGUCAGAUCUGAAGUUAUAUGCUUAGAAAUCCAGUCAUGUUUUUCCACAUAAUGAAACCCGUUCUAGUUGGGGGUAGUAAGACAUUAACCAACAUAAUGGACCCAGUGAUACAAGGCCAAGUACUAACAGAUUGUGUUGAUAGACAAUGGCUUAAAAAACAUAUAAAAACAUUCAUCCUCAUAUUCAUCAUCUCCAGCAACAGUCCAACAUCACCAUUUACCUUCUAUCUGAAAAAACACAUCCUUCAUAUUCAUAUACCUCCAUGUCGUCUCCUUUAUUUAACAAAUGUAUGUGCAAAUGUUUAUACUUUUUUAUCUGCUGAAGUUGCUUUAUGAAGGAAGACUUAUGUUUGUCUGUGUUUCUUGGUGGAUGUGUGUAAAUGUUUGUGUUAACACACUUACCCCCCACUUUGCACAGACGUCAAUUCAACGUCAAUUCCACGUUGGUUCAACGUCAUUUCAUUGAAAUGACGUGGGAACGUUGAUUCAACCAGUGUGUGCAGUGGGCCAUAGAUGAAGUCACAAGGGCUACGUUUAGACAGGCUGACGAUUUCUGAUCUCUUUCUAUCUGACCUUUUUUCAGAGCUUAUCUGAUUGGUCAAAAUACCAAUUAGUUGAAUAAAAACAGAAUUGGGCUGCCUGUCUAAACGCAGCCAAGGUGGCAGAAAUGGGAAUUUGUGGGUUUAUACUGUGUGUAUAUACUGUGUGUGUGUGAAGGUGUGCAUAAUGAUGAAGCCACUGGAUGGUGAACUGUCCUCCCUGAUUACCUUUUUAAAGUAUAUGCAAUCAUGGAAAUAUUUGAUCAGACCAUUUUUAAAAUAAAAACUGUUAUUUACAAUAAAA